AUGUGUUGCUGGGAUAACGACGAAUCAAGAGAAUUUUUCGCCGCUGCAAAGAAAAAGUGGGAUGACAACUUUCCAAAUCUCAUUGUUGAGCUCAAGAAAGCCUACGUCGCCCCGUUUCCUCAAGAGCGCGAAAAAGCGAUUCGUGAUGUGAAAGAUUGGAUUGUCCAAGACUGGCUCCUGCAAAAUAAUCCCGAACGGUUCAAGCGAGCGCUAGAAAUUGGCGAAUUCGACCACUUGGCGCAAAUCAUCGCACGAGAGCUGAUUUCUAGAGCUUUUGCCUACUCCGAUUCCGUUCUUUUUCACGGUGACCCAGUGCUGAAAUGCGAGUCAAGCGUUGCGGAAAAUGAGAAAUUCUGGAAAACUGAGCUCGGAUUGGAACUGAUUGCCGAGGCGAAAAAGGGAGCAGAGAAGAUUUUCGAUGAUGAAAAAAUUUUGGGAGAUGUGCUAGAAGAGUUCCGGUUCAAGACUUCACCAUUGAAAUAUGAGCGAGAAUCAAUCGAGAAAAUCAAAAAGGGUGACAAAAUCAUUCGAACUCAAGUCGUCGUCAAUAUGGCCAACCAAAUGGUCUGGGAGGCAAAAUGGAGACAACAAGGAAGUCCCGACAACACCUCAAAAUGGACUGACCCUGAACUUAUCAAAGAUUGGGCGGGAAUGCCGGCUAAGGACCCGCAAGUUCUCAUCGCUUUGAUCACCCAAGCGACAGAGUAUGCAACGGGUCACAUGAUCGAUUGGGUCAAAGUGAGAACUAGAAAAAUCCAGAAGCUCCUGAGAAAAAAUGAAGCUGUUGACAUCGAAAUUGAACGCUUCAAAAAUCAAUUCCAAUUGGAUUUUUUCGGAAGCUCGUUGAGUGAUGCCGAAACCGCCAAAAAGCUCAAUGGGUUCCUGGAGCAGCAGCUAUUCCGAUACCUCGAAUGGAAUUAUAGAACUCUUAAUCUUAUCUGCAUUUUGUAA